UUCCCCCUGCAACCGGCACAUGCUCUUGUUAAUACUGCCGCACUUUUCGAUGAAAUUGCUGUUCAAACUCUCAACAACUUAGUGCUGCCAGUGAGGGUUCGGAUAGACGACAGAUGGACUGUGUUUGGACCGAAGGACAAGCAUUUGUUUUGGGUCCCACCAUUAUACACUUUCCGGUGGUACCCUCCGAGGAUGCGGUGGGUCAGCCCGCCCAACACGCAGGUGGAUCUCAGCCAUAUGGCUCAUGGGUUAUCAUGGGAAUCUUGUUAU